UCGGAACCGCGGCGAGAGCUCGGGUGCAUCCUUGCUCCUUUGCCAGGAAAUUUUGGGCGGAAAUUUUGGUGCCAGGAGAGCGCUCGGCUGCUGCUUGCUUGCUUUCUCUCUCUCUCUCUUCUCCCCCCCCCGCGUGGCCAGUUUCCCCUCCACCCUGCCAGGGAAUGGGCUCUUCCGUGCUCCUCACAUGAUGAGCGAGGCAUUUUCGCUUUUCCAUAUAUAGAGGCCAGGCAGCGUGACAGCUCCCGCGAGGGCGAGCAAGGGAAGGUGGCUAACGACGCGCUUUUACGCAGCCAGCUGGGAAUUUGGAACGGCUCCGCGCGCCUGGACUAGGGACAGCCCCGCUCGCCCCGCUCUGCCUUUAGAAAGAGGGGGACAUCGACUACCUCACCGAGAUCUUCUUCCCUCCGGGAACCAGCCGCCUUCUCCCCCUGCCUCCUGCCCCAAAGAAAUUCGUCCGAAAAUCCAUCAUGAACGGGACUUUAGAUUGCCUGCAGGACCACACGCUGAAUGAAGAGCAAGGGGCGUUCAUGUUCACGUCGGAAUCCGUCGGAGAAGGACAUCCAGACAAAAUAUGUGACCAGAUCAGCGAUGCCGUCCUUGAUGCCCACUUGAAGCAAGAUCCAGAUGCCAAAGUUGCUUGCGAGACCGUCUGUAAAACAGGAAUGGUGCUCCUCUGUGGCGAGAUUACCUCCAGAGCCAUUGUGGACUAUCAGCAGAUUGUGCGAGACACAAUUAUGAACAUAGGCUACGACGAUUCAGCUAAAGGCUUUGACUACAAGACCUGUAACGUUCUUGUGGCUUUGGAGCAACAGUCGCCUGAUAUUGCCCAGGGCGUUCAUCUACACAGGAAUGAAGAAGAUGUUGGUGCUGGAGAUCAGGGCCUGAUGUUUGGCUACGCAACCGAUGAAACGGAAGAAUGCAUGCCUCUAACCAUUAUCCUUGCUCACAAGCUGAACGCCAAAAUGGCCGAGCUGAGACGGAAUGGAGUCCUCCCUUGGCUUCGACCGGACUCCAAAACCCAGAUCACCGUUCAAUACAUCCAGGAAGACGGGGCGGUCAUCCCCAUGCGGGUUCAUACUAUUGUCAUCUCCGUGCAGCACGAUGAAGGCAUCUCCCUGGACUCCAUGCGCAAGGCCUUGCAGGAGCACGUGAUCAAGGCCGUGGUGCCAGCCCACUACUUGGACGACAACACUGUGUACCACCUUCAACCCAGUGGCCGUUUUGUCAUCGGGGGCCCACAGGGUGACGCAGGAGUUACUGGCCGGAAAAUCAUUGUGGAUACUUAUGGUGGAUGGGGAGCCCAUGGAGGUGGAGCUUUCUCAGGCAAGGACUACACAAAAGUGGACCGAUCGGCAGCCUACGCAGCCCGGUGGGUGGCCAAAUCUUUGGUGAAAGCAAGGCUGUGUCGCCGGGUUCUGGUCCAGGUUGCCUACGCUAUUGGAGUGGCCGAGCCACUGUCCAUCUCCUUGUUCACCUAUGGUACCUCUGCCUACACUGAGCAAGAGCUUCUCAACAUUGUCCACCAAAAUUUUGACCUUCGACCUGGAGCCAUUGUCAAGGAUCUGGAUUUAAAGAAGCCCAUUUAUCAGAAGACGGCUUGUUACGGCCAUUUUGGAAGAAGUGAAUUUUCUUGGGAAGUUCCCAAAAAGCUCGCCUUCUAACUUUCUUGGGCCAACCUCUCUCCAUUUCAAAGGAACAGUAUUUUAUUACCCUGGGUGCUUCCAUUGACCAUUGUCAGUGCUGAAGAAAAAUAAUAAUAAUAAUAAUAAUAAUAACGGAGAAAGGUUCCCUUUUGGCUUUCACUACAUAUCGGCCCACGCAGACUUAACAGAGGAUAAAUUGGGGGCAGAUGGAUGUCAUUUUAAUUUUGUCUAAUGCUGCUAUUUUGGGAUAGGGGAGGAAAUUCCACUGGAAAAGACAAGAAGGGACUUAAACCUACAAUCAGACAAUAGACUUUUUUAUUUUUAUUUUUCCAAGCCAUCGAGUCUACUACAUCUUUCUAAACAACUAAUCGGAAGAAUUUUUCUCAGAUUUGAUAUGAUUUCUCGACGUUUUGCAACAAGACUGUUCAAAGGUUCUGGCAUCCUGCUUCCCCGGGCUACAAGGAGUAGUUACUCUUGGAGUAAAACAGAACAUUUCCCCUAGAUUGGAGACGCAUCUUUUUCAAGGGGGGUUCUGCCACAUUUCACUAAUUCUGCUCCAAUGUGCAUUUAAUUUUUUCUUGCUCUUUCCUCUCUUUCUUUUCUCAACUGCCUUCCAGAUAGUCCUUCACAAAUGACCAUAAAGGAGCUUGUCCAUUACGGUCACAUGUCAUAACAGUCAUGAAAGCUGUAGUCAUAUAGCAAAUGUGGCAGUUGUUAAGCAGAAGCCACUGUCAUUAAGUGAGCCCAUGGUUCCCUCGUGAGAAAUUUUUGUCCAAAAAAACCGGAAGUACCCAUUUUCAGCAAAACCCUUACGGUGACAUGACUGAGGGAGGCUAUAAAUAACUGUAAAUACAGCGAGAUGUUGCCAACCUCUGAAGACCGAAGGGUGGUUCCAACACUCAAAAAAUGUUGAAUCUGGUUCGCGAGUCCCCUUUUUUGGGUCGGUUGUGACUUCAACGGGUCACGAAGUGAUCAGUUGUUUGUCAAGGACUACCUGCAUAAGCAAACAUUUUAGAUGCAUGCUUGGUGACUUAUCAAUACGGCUAAAUGAUGCUGGUGAUUCUGGAGCCCAUCCUAAACGGUUUUUAGAUACAAAAGGCAUCUU